UGGACGUUCAAAGCGAUUGAUUCAUGUUUCAGUAUUAUACAGCCGGUUUGGUUGCAUGUGCGUUGCUAUCAUUUGCUCCUUCACGUGAUGGUAGGGGAAAUUGACGUUCAUGAUCCUCGGCGGGAAGUGCCGCUUGUUAACCAAAAAGUCGUAAGCUUCCCCAGACGUUGAACUUCAACCGCACACUUCUCCCUCAACAAUCAACAAUGACGUCCAAACAGCUGUCCCUAGCUGUAAGGCCUCGAGGCAAGCCCAUUCGAGGCCUUCCGGAAGAAACGAACAUCUCAGCAUCCGACACCGCUGAGCAGCUCUACAAGAAGAUUGCUGCGGAAUCCAAGUUCUCCAUCCACCGAUUGAGAAUCACCAAAGGUAGCGAUGGCGCCGCCAUCCCGAAUUCGAAGGAUGUAACUGUACACGACACCGGCUUGAGAGACCAGAGCACCAUCAACGUCAAGGAUCUAGGUCCUCAAAUCGGCUGGCAAACCUGCUACCUUAUUGAAUAUGCCGGCCCAAUGCUCAUCCACCCCCUCAUCUACUUCCUCCGCCCCUACAUAUACCGCAACGCGACCGAGCCUGCCUCGCAUCAGCAGUUCAUGGCCAUGAUACUCGUCACCCUCCACUUCCUCAAGCGCGAGCUCGAGACCCUGUUUGUCCACCGCUUCUCGCUCGCCACAAUGCCCUUCUUCAACGUCUACAAGAACUCAGGCCACUACUGGCUUAUUGCAGGCCUCAACAUCGCCUACUGGACCUACGCACCUACCGCGCUCGCUGCCACGCAUCCGGACCCGCGCAUCAUGUAUGCGGGCAUCGUGCUGUUCGUCAUUGGCGAGUUUGAGAAUUUCCGCGCACACAUGACGCUACGGAACUUGCGCAAGCCGGGUAGUACGGAGCGCGGGAUUCCACAGGGUUAUGGCUUCAAGCUUGUGACGUGCCCGAACUACAUGUGGGAGACGGUUGCGUGGAUUGGGAUCAUGCUGUGCACGAUGAGUGCGAGCACGGCGGUGUUUAUGGUGCCGGCGGUGGGACAAAUGGCGGCGUGGGCGAAGAAGCGUGAGUAUCGCUACAGAAAGGAGUUCCCGGACAAGUACAAGAAGAAGCGGUUUGCCAUUCUUCCGGGGAUAUACUGAGAUGGAGGAGCUGCAUGGAGGCGAGCAGGAGAGACGGGGCGGGCGGUCACGAUAUCUGUCGGAGCGGGACCGUCGGGACACCAUGGACCAUGGUAUGGGGGGCAGUCUUUGCACUGCGGCGACUCAUACUGGCA